ACGAUAUGCUCAUCAGAUUCAGAGGCACUCACACUUCCAUAUUUCACUGCAAUGGCGUCGGUUUGUGCAGCUUCAGGUCUCAAUUUCUCUACUCAUCAACCUCUACUCCUGCCCCGACCCAUUUCUUGGUCAAGUAUCUUGUUGAUGCUCUCGGAUUCUCCAAUGAAGAAGCUGCCUCUACAUCCUCCAAGGUAACUUCAUUGAAAACCUUAAAGAAUCCUGAUUUAGUCAUCAAUUUCUUGAAACAAACCGGUUUCGACAACACCCAGAUGAAAAAAAUUGUAUCUAGAGCACCCAAAAUGCUACUCCGUGAUGUUUCCAAAACCCUAAAACCCAAAUUUCAGUGCCUUAUGGAUCUCGGGUUGUCCGGGUCGGACCUAGUGAAUGUAAUUGCUAAAGAUGUACAAAUUAUUGAUAGAGGUUUAGUUACUCAUUUGAGACCUACCAUUGAUUUUCUUAGGAGAAUUUUGGGUAGUGAUGAAAAUGUAGUUAAGGCAUUAAAGAGAGCUCCUUGGUUGCUUACUUUUGGUCCUCACCAUACUAUGGAGGCUAAUCGAUUGUUGUUGAGAAACUUUGGGUUUUCUGAUGAGAAAAUAAGAAAACUUGUGGUUAUAUAUCCUAAUUAUCUUACACAAAAGCCUGAAAGGAUUAAGGAUUUGUUGCAUAGAGUGGAGAAUGAUUUUCAAGUUCCGCGUGACUCCCCUUUUUUUCAUUAUGGAUUUCAAGUGUUAUCCUCUCAAAAAAAAUCUAUGUUGGAUAGAAAGAUUGGAAUUUUCAAGAGUUUUGGAUGGUCUGAUGAUGAUAUACUUGAGAUGUUCCGGAAGUUACCUUAUUGUAUUGGGCUUUCAGAAGUUAGAAUUCAGGAAAAACUGAAUCUUUUCAUGAAGGAGCUUGGUCUUGGACCGGCUUACUUGGUUUCUCAUCUAGGUGUUUUGAUCUAUAGUCUGGAAAAAAGGGUGGUACCUCGGAUGCAAGUGUUGAAAAUUUUGGACGAAAAGAAGCUCGAGAGAAGAAACUUGGCACUUUCUAGUGUUCUGAGCAUAUCUGAGUCAAGAUUCAUAAGGUAUUUUGUGCUUCCCUACAAGGAUCAGAUACCUGAUCUGUAUGAACCACUCCAGAAAACGGUGGCUCCUUAA